CUGAUUCAUUUGGUGAAAAUAGAUUUAUGAAUUUUGCAAAUACAAGAUCUUUUGGUGAUGUUAUUGCUAAAUCAAAAGGUAUAACUGCAGAACCUGAUAUAACUUCAUAUAUAAUUGGUGAUUCUUCUGAAAUUUUUAAGAAAAGUUUAGUUAACCAAACUAUUGGUGGGAAAGGUGGUGAUGAAUGUUUUUUAGUUUUAAUAACUGAUGGUGUUACAAAUUAUGCAAAUGAUCAAGAAAUUGUGGAUUUAAUUAAAACUACUCAUAAUAAUAAAUUGGGGAAACCUCAAGAUUGUGCAGAAGAAGUUAUAAAAUAUGUUGAAGCUAUUGGUGGUGAUGAUAAUGCAACUUGUCUUGUUAUAAGAUUAAAUAAAUGGGGGAAAUGGCCAAUGGAGGAUAAAACUGGUAGAAUUAGAGAGGAAAGAUUAAAAAUGGGUAUAUCUAGAAUGGAAAGAAGAUAACCUAUGAAAAACCAAUAAGCAUAAUUGAUAUAUAUAUAUACAUGUAAUAUACAGGGCAUAAUGAUGAAUAAAUG